CGUCUUUGUUACAAUUAUUAUUUCACAAGUUUUUUAUUGCUUUUAGUUGUUAUUUAUUUAUUUAGGAAAUGUUUAAACUAGUGCGCAUUGAUACAGAGGAGCCGAAUGAAAUUCAGCUUCCGGCAGGAACGUAUUUAAUCGGUAGAGAUAAAUUGAUUGGAUUCGACGAUAAACGAUUAUCUUACAAUCACGGUCUCAUCAUUGUAAAAGAGCACAGCGUCACUAUAGAAUCGUCCCAACGAAAAAUUUACCUAACUAAGAAAGGUUCCAAAGAAAAGGAUAUAUUAAAUAAAACUUUCAAGACAGCAUUAGAAUUUGGUGACCAGUUUGGGUUUUUACAAAACUCCUAUUGGCUUGAGUUACAAAGUAACGAACCUAGUCAUAGAGCAUUAAAAGAAAUAAAUGUAAAUACUUGUGAGAAUUCACCACACUUUACAAAAGAAUCCGUGGUUCCUGAGAGUCCCUUAGACAAUGGAAAGCCGAGGAAGAGAAAAAAGGGAGAAUCUGAGAAUUAUAUAAAUGGGAAAUCAAAGAGGAGAAGGAAAGAUGAAUCAGAGGAAGAGUCUGAUGAACAGUCCAGUCAGGAGUUUGAGAGUGAGGGAUUGAAUGGUUCUAUGGAAGAGAACAGUAAAUCUGCCUCAAAGCGUGAACGAUGUGAAUAUGGGGGAAACUGUUAUAGCCUGCGCGCACUCCGCCCCAACCCUGCGCAUAAGGCGCACAUAGCGCAGUACUCGCACCCGCGCGACGAUGAUUGGGGCAGCAAAAAGAUAUGUCCGCAGGGCACCAGGUGUGGAAGUCGGGACGCGAAACACUUCAGGAAUUACAAGCAUCCGACUGAGUAUGUUAGGGUUAGGAAAUAUCGGCCGGGAAAAAAUACCUCCGACUCCGAUUCUGACAGCAGCCAAGAAUACCGCACUGAUCGCUUGCUAAGAACCAAGCGGGAAAGGAAAGCUCCGCCUAAAGAAGAUCUAGAUCUAGAAGACCUAGAGGGCUCAGAACCCGAAGAAGAUGAUCCUUUCGCGAGUGACGGCAGUGAGGACUGGACGCCUGAACCAUAAGGAAAUAAAAACUUUAAAUCUUAAAUGUAAUUUUUUAAACUUUUUUACGC